UCGGCGCGAAUGGCUUGGCGCCGCCGCGAUGGAUCGUCGGGCAAGAACUGGAACGGCUGGACGAGGAACGGGAAGGAUGGAGAUGGAGGACGUGAUGCAGCCAACAAGCAGUAUGUGGUGCGCGAUGUUUGUAGCAAGUGGAAGUGGCUGUCGCGCGUGAGGAAGGACCCGCUGUGCAGGUGCGGCAGCCAGUUAUUGCAGGGAGACGGGCCAGACGGAGGUGUCGACCGUGGUGAAUCGGCACCCAAUGAUCCCCAGUUGCAGAAGACCCUGGGGGGGGGCCUCCAAGGACUGUUCGGACCACCGCAGCUCGCGCGGUUCAAGACGCGGUACCUUGCCGCGGACAUGCAGCCCGAGGCACAUGAGGAGCCCGACGCCGUCCCUGCCCUUGCACAAUAUGUCGGAUUGGCCAAGAGAGCUAUGCAGCGCGCCACGACAUACAAGAAGGAGUGCCAGGCCAAGGUGGGUCAGCUCAAGGAGCAGCUCGCCCAGGCCGAGGCGACCCUGGACGUGGCCACCUCUCAGGAGGAAGCCGCCAAGCAGGAGGCGGUCAAGAAGUCGCAGCAGCGGGCGGAGCUUGUCAACCCAGACGGCACGAAGGCCCUGCAGGCCUUCAUGGAGCAACACCCCCGGAUCGCCGCCAAGUACGGCCAGCAGGUGCCCAAGGCUGCGGUUGCCCCUGUCGGCCCUCAGGGGGCAGCCAAGGCCGCCGCCGCCGCCAGCGGCGGCGCCCCGCCCUCAGCCAAGGGGCCUGCGGGAGCGCCUGCUGCGGCUAGGGGUGGCGGCAAGGCGGCGCCGCCGCCAGCGCCUGACAAGGCGGCGCCUGCGGGGCCGCUGCUGCGGCCACCCCCGCGGGCCGCCAGCCCGCGCCGCGGCGCCGCCAGCGCAGCCGCCGCAGCCGCAGCCGAGGAGGAGCCGCACCCAGGGGACCGCAGCCGCAGCCCAGCGGCGGCGGCGGCGGCCAGCAGUGAUGCAG